AUGGCAUCAGGCACCAAAGUCCGCUUCCUCGGAUGCGUGCAUGCAUACUACGGCGAGAAGGGUCAGCUACUUCUUCGCAACCACUAUCCGGCGACUGCCCCUGAAACCCCAACCGCACUGGUGAACAUCGACAGCGUGCUCUCGGACGGUCAGAACGAUUUUCUGCAAGUGGGAGCCUGGCUCAACGUGGUUGGCAACGUCAGGGAGCUGUCUAAGUCCAUUGCCAUGACGGCGGAUGAAGAUCCGUGGAAAGUCUCUCGCCGAACUGAGGCUACUGUUGUAGAUGCGACGAUGAUAUGGUCUGCUGGCGCUAUCAAGCUCGAGAGGUAUCAGACCGCUGCGCAGCGAUAUCAGAAGCCUCUCGGUACUGGUUGA